GCUUAUUGCGUAGAAAGGAACGCAUGACCUGAACCUACUUAGUUUGUUUCCUCUUUCAGCACUUUGAAGUCAUCAAACCAACCAAUCAUGGCAUUGCCUGUCCCUAUUUAUACCAAUCAAAGAUGUGGAGUACUCUCAAGCGUAAAAAUCGAAGCAAAUUGUGUAAAUGAGAACAAUAUACGGACAUUGACAGCUGUUCUAUGCAAAAUAAUUGCAGUUCAAAAUCAAUACACACUUUCUAUUCAAUUAAUACUCAUUGCAUCACAUAUAAGCGUAAUAAAUAAGUCAUUUUGUUUGCAUAAUCGUCACAAGAUUUUUAUUUCAAUUGUUUCCUGCAAAGUUUUGUUAAAAAUCGCGUAUUUGCCUCAGUUAUAUAGUGUCAACAGCUUGCAACGCUUGACUGCAUCAGUUUGCCGGAAAUGUUAGUUUCGGCCGCGGCAUUCAGUUGAAAUGCGUUGAGAUGGACCUGUCCCCCGACGAGGAUCAGUUUCAAGGCCGCCUGCUUCACCAGGCAGCUCUCUGGGACAACGAGGAGCUCCUCCUGUCCCUGCUGGCCGGCGGCGCGGACCCGGACGCGCGCGACUCGCGCGCGCGCUGCGCGCUCCACGCGGCCGCGCUCGCGGAGCGCUCGCGCUGUCUGCGCGCGCUGGUCGCCGCCGGCGCCAGUGUCGACGCGAGAGAAGACACGGCUACAGGCGGCAAGACGGCACUUCACAUAGCGGCUGAACGCGGUCACGCAGAAAACGUCAGGGCUCUGCUAGCGGCGGGGGCUUCGCUGGCGGCCCGCGACGCGGCCGGCGCUACUCCCUUGCAGUUAGCGGAGCGCGCGGGCCAUCGCCAAGCGGCCAGGGAGCUGAGAAACGCGAGUGAUGCCUUGGAGCGAGAGAGACUAUCGCAGCACGCGGCUCUGCGCGAACUGGUGCUGCGAGGAGACGCGGCGGGGCUUAAAACAAAACUUACCGCCCUCGGGAGUAAUGCGCCGCUCUGCGUCAACCUGACGCCGCAGGGCGCCAACACGCUGCUAUAUGUGGCGGUGGAAGCAGGCCACACUGCCGUAGCCAAGGCGUUAUUAGAAGCAGGCGCCGAUGGCCGCGCUCAUCCGGUCACCAAAUACAGCCCCCUCUACAUAGCCUGCUACCACGGGCAUCGAGAGCUGGUUCCUCUGUUGCUGCAGCAUUUCCCUGAAGCUGUACAGCAAGAAACAGUAGAAAAAUGGCUGCCAUUACACGCGGCGUGCAUCGGAGGACACGCCACCCUCGUGUCGCUGCUGCUGGAGCACCCUUACCCGACCUCCUUGCUCAGCACUUACACCGAUGUUACCGGCAAAUGGCAGUACGAAGCAGCUUUCGACGUGAACGCAGUAGACGCUCGAGGACAGAGCGCGCUGUACGUGGCCAGCACCCUCGGCUGCAGCGCUGUGGUGGACGCGCUGCUGUCUUAUUCUGUGCCGUGCCGCCCUGUUAAAGAACAGCAGUCGGAGGAGGCCGAGCCGCCGGCGCCGCCCGCCGUGCUGAGCCCGCAGCGCGGCAUCUCGCUCGGCAUACAGGCCAUCGUCAGCAGGCUCACCGGCUCCGGCAGUCAUGAUGGGAUAGAAGAGAAGCGAGUGCACCCAGUACGGGUGGAUAUAGGACGAGGGGUGGACUCGUGCGUGGCGUGCGCCGCGCGCGGCGGGCACGCGCGCAGCGUGCGGCGCCUGCUGCAGGCCGGGGCGCCGGCCUCCGCCUCCGCGGCGCCGCCCGAGAACGAGAGCACGGGCACGCGCGACUCCCGGCGGCGCGCGCGCAGCGCGUCGGCCGUCGGCUCCGUGUCGCCGUCUCCGUCGCUCAACCGAGCUAGCGCCGACCGCGACGUGCCAUGGACAGCGCUAGCGGUCGCAGUCAGAAACAAACAUGUGCAAGUAGCAGACAUGCUCCUCCGGGCGGGAGCCGACGACCCCCACGGACUGGCGCUACGGGAGUGCCAUAAGCACCGUCUAGUGGCGCUGCUCGCCGCUAUUUUAGCCUCUAGGGCGUACCCCGACCCAGAGUACAAGAUGAACAAAGCGGCGGUGUCGGCGCUGGUGCUGGGCGCGGCGGGGCGCGACUCGUCGCUGACGCACAACGCGCUGGUGCCGAAGACGCCCGUCAUGGUGCACUGGCGGGCGCUGCGCACCAUGCAGGACACUAUCAGAAUGUCGUGGCUGAGCGCGGCGGCGCUGCGCGUGAACCCGCACGCGUCGAGCGCCGCGCUGGCCCUGCACGCCGUCACGCGGCUGGAACUGGCACAGAACGAGCUGCGAUCUUUGCCUGCUGCGUUAUUUUCUCUGCUGAGUCUCAGGUACCUCAACGUGGCGGCCAACAAGCUGGAGAGGCUGCCGCGGGGCGGCGAGCCGGCGCAGGAGGAGGAGCCGCGGCGCCGCGGCCCCCCCCCCCCCCCCGCCCCCGCGCCGCCCGCCUACAGCGCGCCCGUGCUGCAGGAGCUGUAUCUGCAGGAUAACCGCCUAGAACAUCUGCCACCAGAACUGUUCUCUCUACCAGCCCUAACGACUCUGGACGUCAGUAAUAACAAACUCCGAACGCUACCGUCUCGGGUGUGGGACGCGCCCGCCUUGCGGGACCUCAACGCGGCGCUCAACCAUCUUAGGGAUCUCCCUGCUAGAGACACGAGCGACGCGCCGCAGUCUCCGUCCGAGUCGUCCCCGGCGCUGAGCGCGUCGCCGUCCGUCUCACAAUCUUCAUUCAACUUCUCGCAGUCGUGGUUCCGCCGGCAGUCCGUGUCGAGUCGGCAGUCCGUGUCGAGCCACCAGUCCGUGCUCAGCCAGCAGUCUGUGUCGAGCCGCGCGUCGGUCGACAGCGCUGAUGAUGACACGACGCCUGUGCUUGGGGACCGCAGCGGACACGCCAUAUGUUCGGAGGCGGUGCGCGCGCACCCGUGGCGCGCCGAGCCGCGGCCGGAGCCCGGCGCCGGCGCCUGCGCGCUCGCCGCGCUCAACCUGUCCCACAACCAGUUCACGUGCGUGCCUGCCGGGCUCGCCUGCCUCGCCCCGAGACUGACCUCGCUCAACAUGGCCUACAACUCGCUCAGGUCGAUGUCGUACGUGACGUCAUACCCGACGAACCUCCGGCAGUUGGACCUCAGCCACAACGAGAUCACGUGUUGGCCGAGCUUACCUCAGGUGGAAAGCUUCGGAUCGUCAGUCGGCGACCCCCUAGCAUGCUACUGCCGCGGCGGCGCGACGCGCGCGCGGCCGUGCGCGCGGCCGCGCUCCGGCGGCGUGCGCGCGCAGCUCUUACACUGCGCGUGCGCGGCCAGAAGCCAUCUGAGGCUCGACUCGCUCAGGACCUUGAUUCUGGCGAACAACAUGCUCGAGCGCAUCCAGCUGACGACGGACGACGACGGCAACGUGCCAGAGAGGGACGGGGAGAUCGACGAGGACGACGAGUGGAACUCGAUGGCUGGUCUGCGGUCGCGGCUAGUGUUCCCGCUGCUCUCCAUGCUGGACGUGUCGUGUAACAUGCUGCGCUCCGUGCCGCCGCUCAUACACGCUCUGACGAAUCUGUCCGUGCUCAACAUUAGCGGAAACAAAGAAAUUACCGACCUACCGCCACAAAUGGGCCUCCUCUCCCGGCUCUGGAACCUGAACACGGCCGGCUGCUCGCUCCACGAGCCUCUAGGGUCCAUGCUGGCCUGCGGCCGCUACAAGAGCAUGGACAUCGUGGGCUACCUCAAGUCCGUGCUGCAGGAGGCGCGGCCCUACACCAACAUGAAGCUGAUGCUGGUUGGGUUACAGGGUAUCGGCAAAACAAGCUUACUGGAGUGCUUGAGACAAGAAUCUCCAAUACAGUAUCGAAGGAAAGGGACCGAUCACUGGGCGCUGCGCAUGGGCAACAAGGCGUCCGGCCGCAACAUGUCCACCGUCGGCGUCGACAUCGGCACGUGGAGCUACGAGCCCCCGCGCGCGGCCCGCGGGCCCGUCACCUUCCGCACGUGGGACUUCGGCGGCCAGCGCGAGUACUACGCAACGCACCAAUAUUUCCUCUCCCGCCGUUCGCUGUACCUCGUGGUGUGGAGAGUGACCGACGGGAGGAAGGGGCUGGCAGAAGCCAUCAGCUGGCUCAGGUCCAUACAAGCGCGCGCCCCGGGCUCGCCCGUCAUCCUCGUCGCCACGCACUACGACCAGAUCGCUAAUAGUACCCUCCCGGAGAGCGAGAGCCCGGCUGCGUUGCAGCGCCUGAUACGUUCCGCGCUGCUGCAGGCGCCCGACGCGGACAAGAAGGGGCUGCCGCGCGUCUGCGACUCUGUUGAGGUGUCGUGCAGCACGAAACACAACAUCCGGCUGCUCGCCGACAUCAUCUACUCCGUCGCCUACAGCGUGAAACCGCCUGGCAGCAAGGAACCGCUGCUAGAGCAGCGCGUCCCGGCCACGUACCUGGCGCUGGAAGAGUGUGUGACGGCGCUGGCGGCCGAGCUGCGGGAACCCGUUCUGAACCACGACGAAUACAAACGACUGGUGACGCAGUACAUGCAGACGAAGGGGCACCGCACAUUCAGGGACGCGGCCGAGCUGCACCAAGCCACCAUGUUCCUGCAUGAGAACGGCGUGUUGGUGCAUUACGACGACGCGGCCUUGAAGCAGCUGUACUUCCUGCGGCCGCAGUGGCUCUGCGACGUGCUGGCUCACGUGGUCACCGUCAGAGAAAUCAAUCCUUUCGCCAAUAACGGCAUAAUGAAGAUCGAGGACCUCGCGCACGUGUUCAAGGCGUCCCCCCUCCUGGCGCGCGGGGACGAGGCCUCCUCGCUGGGGGUCAGCCUGCUCAACAAGUUCGAGCUGGCCCUCUGCUGGGACAGCAGGACGCUGCUGGUGCCGCCGCUGCUGCCCGCCACCGAGCCCGCUACGCCGCAGCUGGCGCUGCGCGCGCGCGCGCGGGGCGGCGCCGGCACGCCGCGCCGCGUGGCCGCGCCGCCGCGCGCCGACUCGCCCUCGCUUAUACGAACGGAGAGAUGGAUUGUCGCAGAGGAGAGUCCCGGCAGCAUCAGCAUCGAGGGCCGCUCGACAGGCCGAGCCCUGCGCCGCAUGCUGCUGCUGUCGUACAUCCCGUGCGGGCUGUGGGCGCGGCUGUGCUCGCGCGCGCUGGCCGACCCGGCCGUCGGCGCCGCCGCGCACCAGCUGUACAAGCUGCCGCCGGAUAUGGAGGUGGAUGCCACAACCACGAAAGCGUUGGAGCCAAACUGGGCGUGGAAACUCUGGCGCUCUGGUCUCCAGCUGUCUUGGGGCUCCCUCGUCGCUCUGGAGGUGCGGGAGCGAGAGGCAAGACACGAUCCACUGCUGGGAGACAAUCCCGAAGGCGACAGUGGGAGGGACUUGAGGUUUAGAGUGAAACAAGAAGGCGCCUGGUGUUCCCUGGAAGUGGCGCGGUCCCCGAGCAUAGAGAUAACGUUGCCGGCGCGGGUCUGCGUGGCGCGCCGCACUGACGGCCUGCCCUUGGCUGGAUACCAGAGCAUCAGUCUGGAACCGAACUUGGAGGCGCUGGCGCGGCUGCUGGCCGUGCUCUCCGACCACGUGGAUCUGUUGCUGGAAGACUGGUACCCCUCGCUUGGCACCCGCUUCGUGCACACGUCCGAGGGCCGCUGCCUCAUCACGCGCGUGGUGCCGUGCGCGCCGUGCCUGGCGGCCGGCCAGGACGAGGCGGAGCGCCCCGAACACCUCGCGCAGGCAUUACAACGGGUGGGGCUACGAGAGGAGCGGCGGGAGGGCGGAGCGGGCGCGGGGGCGGGGAGAGUGUCGCAGGACUCGCGAGCUUCUGAUCAAGACAGCGGCGUUGGGGCUGACUCCGCAGCAUCAUCUCGUAUCGGUUCAGUAGAAGGCACACUCAGCACCCGCGAGGAACCACUCGCCGAGGUCCACGGCUGGACCGUGGAGCAGUGCCUCCUGGCGGCGUGCACUGCACAUAGCCUCGUGUGCCCCACGCACGGGGGCAUCCCCCUGCAGAGAGUCGCACCAGACGCGCUCCUUCUCGACGUGGAGGAAGAGCAGCGCGCGCGCUGGGAGCACAUCGUGCUGGAGUCCGUGGCCGGGCGCGGGGCCUUCGGCACCGUCAUGGCGGCCGUGUGGAGGCCUCCGGGACACCAGGCGAGGAAGGUCGCGGUCAAGGCGCUGCAGCCUGUCCCGCCGCCCAGAGCACAGCAUCACCACGCUUACAAGGUGGCGCUGGCCAGAUGGGAGCGGUCGCCGACGGCGGGCGCGUGCCGCGCCUACUGCGGCCUGCGCCAGGAGCUGGCCGUGCUGCGCGUGCUGCGCCACCCGCACGUGCUGCGCCUGCGCGCCGUGUGCGCCGCGCCGCUCGCGCUGCUCCUCGAGCGGGCGCCACAGGGUGCACUGGACAACAUCUUACGGGCUUACGGCGGCAUGGGCGCCCGGGUGGGCGCUCGAGCCGCCCGAGCACUAGCCCUGCAGCUAGCUCGAGCCUUGGAGUACCUGCACGCGCAGCGCGUGCUGUAUAGAGACCUUAAGUCGGAGAACGUGCUGGUGUGGGAGAUGCCGACCGUGGCGACGGCGGCGGCGGCCGAGCUGAGCCCGGCGCCCAUUCCUGUGCACGUCAAAUUAGGAGAUUACGGUAUCAGCCGGCUGGCGCCGCCGUCGGGCACGAAGGGCUUCGGCGGCACGGAGGGCUUCAUGGCGCCCGAGAUCAUGCGCUACAACGGCGAGCAGGAGUACAACGAGAAGGUGGAUUGCUUCUCGUUCGGCAUGCUCCUGUACGAGAUCGUGACGCUCCGGCAGCCGUUUGAGGGCCACGAGGCCGUCAAAGACGCCAUACUGGACGGCGCGCGACCCUCGCUGACGCCUCGUGACCUACAGUAUCCCUGCAACAUCCUGGAAACCAUGCGUCGCUGCUGGCGCGGCGCGCCCGAGCUGCGGCCGUCGGCGGCGGCGCUGGUGUCCGCGGCGGCCGCGCCGGAGUUCACGGCGCUGCUGGACGCGGCCGCCGCGCGCGCCUCGCUCGCCGCCACCGCUGUGGCCCUGCGCCAUGUCACUGACGAGGGCGCCCCCGGGUGGGAGGUGUGGUGCGGCGGGGAACCUGAGAGAUUACACACUUUGCUGUGCACGGAACAUCACAUCACGCAGCAACACGCCAUCAGAGUCCCGCCAGACGGCGAGGUGCCCGUGACGGUGACGGCGCUUUGCCGCGUGGGUGCCAGCGUGUGGGCCGGGGACAACACGGGCCGGGUCUGUGUCUACUCGUCAUCGACCUGCGCCCUGCUCUGGACCGCCAAGGUGCAAGACUCCGUGGGCGGCGGCCCCAGCCCGGUGAGCGCCCUGCAGCCGCUGCCGCAGCUGCGGAGGGUGGCUCUGGCUCUACAGUGCGGCAGGUUAUUCCUCGUCCGCUCAGAGCGGGAGGUAGCGGAGGCGGACGCGGAAGCGGAGGGCGGGUUCGUGCUCACAGAGUUGGGCACCGCGAGCGAGCUGUGUUGUCUCGCCGCCGUGCCUUCGCCACAAGGGUUCGAGAUCUGGGCGGGCGGGUCAGGUCUGUACACCUACGCCGUGUCCGCUACCGGUGUGUGUGGGGCCGAGCCUCUACCGGCGACCCCGCGUGUCACCCUAUUGGCCGCCAGCCCUGAGGAGCCCUACGUGGCCCUGUACUGUGAACCAGGGGUAUGCGUGUACCAGUGGUCGGUCCGCAGCCGCCAGCAGACCGCGCGCCUGGACUGCAGCAAGCUGGUGCCGUGCAGCGAGAGCCUGCAGUCCCUCGCGCUGGACUCGCGGCCCGGCGAGGACCUCGGCCGGGUGACGGCGCUGGCGGCGCUGGGCGGGGCGCUGUACGUGGGCACGGCGUGGGGCGUGCUGCUCGUGUGCGCGGCCGCCAGCCUGCGCCCGCUCGCCGUGUUCCGCCCUUACGAGCAGAGCGUAACGUCAAUAGUACCAUUAUACCCGCACCGCGGCUCGCAGGCCGCCAUGCUGGCCACGCUGGGCACCGGCUACCGUCCGCUGCUGCACCGCUAUGCACCACAACAGCCCAACACAUCGAACAACUCGUACAGCGGCCCACAUUGCCUCCUGUGGCGCGCCGGCCACUGGCUGCCCGACUAAACACGUCCGACGGAUGUACACGUCUAACUCGCACAUCAUGUGAAUGGAUAUUGGAUAUAUGCUGUUACGUCGAUGGAUUAGUGUUUUAUAUUAAACACGCCCUGUACGGAUACGGAUAUACACGUCCCCCAGCUCAGCCAAGGACGUAUAUGCACGUCCAGCAACUCGCACAGGGUAUUCCGGACAGUGAAUGUUGUCGAUUGGUUAGUGUUUUAUAUCAAACACGUCUUACACGGAUAUACACGUCUAGCUGGCGCAGCCUUACGAUGGAUAUACACGUUCAACAACUCGCACACGACGGAAAAUGGAUAUUAGAUAUGUGCUGAUUUACAUCGAUGGGUUAGUUUUUUAUAUUAAAAACGGACAAUAUACAUUUAUCAGCUCGUUUGACAUAGCGCUGUACUUAUUAUAUCGAUUUCAUUAUUUAAACUAAUAUUUUUGUCAAAAUGUAGUGUGACUAAGUUUGACGCUCAGUUUGGGAAACUAGCUAAUAUUGAACCCUCUCAACGCCAUGAAUACCUUUAAACACCCCUAAAGUUGUCAUAAAUAACUGGGUGAAUCAACUUUUUGUUUCACUACGUUGGCAUUUUAUGCUUGGGGUUUUCUAAUGUGUUGCAGAAAGUUGUUUAUUACAUUUCUGUAUUGCGUAAUGUUACUUAGUAGAAGUAUCCUUGGCAGAAAUACUUCCGGCAUUCUGUUUUCCGCAUAAUAUUACUUCGCGCUUUUAUUUUCGCGUAAUAUUAUUUGGCAGAAAACCCUAACCUAACCCACUUAGAAAAUCCUGCCAAAUUAAUAUUAUGCGUAAUGACUAUUAUGGCAAGUAUAUAUUUAUGCGUCGUCGUUAGUGCGAUUAGACUGAAGUUUUUCUCCGAUACGUAUUAUGCGAAGUGUAUUUCUGACAAAUAAUAUUCUGACAGAUGAGGGUAACCCACAAAGGUAACCCGCAAAAAAAGUUAACCACCCAAUUUGACGACCUGGCUGGCCUAGUGGGUAGUGAGGUAGUGACUCUGCAUAUGAAGCUGAUUGUAUCGGGUUCAAAUCCUGGUAAGGUCAUUUGUGUGAUGAGCACGGAUAUUUGUGCCUGAGUCAUGGGUGUUUCUAUUUAUAUAUUAUAUAUAUCGUUGUUUGAGUACCCACAACACAUGCCUUCUUAAGCUUACUGUGGGACUUAGUCAAUUUGUGUAAAUAUGUCCUAUAAUAUUUAUUUAUUUAAUUAUGAUAUUAGUCAUUUGAAGUCGAGGUUCUUAACCAUGUUUGAUGCUCGCUAGCAAAAUAACCUUCAUGCUUUCAUGUAUACAAAACUCCUGUCAUCCACGAUAACGCGCAGAUUAGUCAAAUCUAACGUUUAAUAACAUGACAUUACGACUCAAGGCCCGCGUCUUCGUGAAUGACACGACCUAUAAGGUACAUAAAUCUGUUGUAACAAGUAAAUUGACGUUUGAGCGACGUUUUCAUAAGUUCAAGACAAUGUUUAAACAAGAUAAAAUGGGGUAAAAAGUUAUUAAAUAACAAACAAUGUAUGUGUUUCAGUGUCGCAGUUACUUAGUACCUAAGUGGAAAUGUGAAUAUCAAGUGUAAAAUAAUAUUAACCCUUUGAACGCCGCACCAUAUUAUACACGGUGCUUUUUAAGGUUGUUAAUUUGAAGGUGCAUUCCUGAGCUUAAAUAACUUUCUCAAAGCAAGUAUUCUAAUUAACUCCAUUUUGGAGAUAAUCAAUGAUUUAUUAUUAUCUGAUAAGGCCUAUGUGCGUGUACAUUUGCCUUAGGGCCUGUUUACAUAUUGAUUAGUGUUUAGUAGGAGGAACAUUUGCUACUAAACGCAAGUACUAUCACGGACGAUCGAUAUCCGAAAUGUCAUCGAUAAGUCAGAGUUUUCAAUUGUUUAGUAGAUUUAAAUAAUAAUGCCCGUGUUACAACAACGUUAUUAAUUACGUUUUACGAAAAAAAAUAACUAUGCCAUUCAGUUUCCUUAAAUGUAAACCGCAAAGUUAACGGACCUUAAAACAGCCGGACAGGUGCGAGUUGGACUCGCCCACCAAGGGUUCCGUACUCUUUAGUAUUUGUUGUUAUAGCGGCAACAGAAAUACAUCAUCUGUGAAAAUUUAAACCGUCUAACUAUCACGGUUUAUGAGAUACAGUCUGGUGAUUGACGAACAGACGGACGGACAGUGGAGUCUUAGUAAUAGGGUCCCGUUUUACCCUUUGGGUACGGAACCCUAAAAACACCGUGUAUUCAACGCGCGAUCGUAAUCCUUACCGAAAUACACGGGUACACUGUAACCGUGAUGCACGGGUACACUGUAACCGUGAUGCACGGGUACACUGUAACCGUGAUGCACGGGUACACUGUAACCGUGAUGCACGGGUACACUGUAACCGUGAUACACGGGUACUCUGUAACCUUUGAUACACGGGUACACUGUAACCGUGAUACACGGGCACACUGUAACCGUGAUACACGGGUACUCUGUAACCUUUGAUACACGGGUACACUGUAACCAUGAUACACGGGUACUCUGUAACCUUUGAUACACGGGUACACUGUAACCGUGAUACACGGGUACCGUGAUACAUGGGCACACUGUAACCGUGAUACACGGGUACUCUGUAACCGUCUGUGGACGCCUUUGAAGGGUAAAGGAUAGGAUAUUAUCACUUGAAAAUCCGUCAACUUAUUAUGUCGUUUAGAAAAUUAUGAAUUGUUGAAUGAAUUUAUAAAUGCCUUAAAGCAUUAAAUGCGUAAAUGUGACGUUAUUCAAACGUUUUACUAGAACAACCGUAUAUUACAAAUCUCAUUACCUACCUAGUUAUUAUAAGGGCUGUCCAUGCUAUUAUUGUGAAACUUUUACUGUAUUUGCGUAUUAUCGUUACAGAGUGUUUAUUAUUAUCCGGGUCUCGCUUCUCUGUCUAUUAUGUAUAGCCCCAUUUCAAGAACUUGUAUGCAAUAUUCGAUACCUUGCAAACCACAUGAAUUGAGUACCAAAAUACCACAAUGUAACGAAAAUAGCAUGCAAGUUAUUAAACCGUCUGAAUGGGGCUUAAAAAGUACAAUUAGUUUUAAACAACCUGAAUUUGAAGACCUAUGCGACGAUUAUAUCUUAUUAAGCCCGUCACAGACGAAGCGAUAAUAUAUAUUAAUAUACCGUAAGACACCGACCGUAAGAUAUCUUAUUGUGUAAGCAACAUACACGCCAACGAUACCAAAAUAUAUAUCGCUGUCUGUCCAGCACCUACAUCGUGAGAGAGACGAAAUAUACCAAAAUAUAUCGUAAUAUACCGAGCUAUAUAUCGCAAGGUAUCUUAAGAUGCCUCACUACAGUCCGGUUUUUUAGCAUUAGAAAGAAGGUAAGCGAUUUGAAUGCGUUUUUUUUAUUGAAAAAUAAGUCACGGCAAAUAGCUAACAAUUAUAAAUCAUAUCCUCCUGAGUCCCCGCGUCCGUUAUAACGGCCAAAAUCAUGACACGUGUAAAGACCGGCCGCUAAAAAAUAAAGUUAUCCAUAAAGUCCCAGAGUCCGCUAUAACGGCCAAAAUCAUGACAUUUGUAAAGACCGAGCGCUAAAAAAUAAAGUUAUCCAUAAACGCCGAGUGUCCGUUAUAAAGGUCUAAAUGUUUCGCGCUUAAAAUCAGGUGAUAGUGGCGUGCUCUUGAGAACCAAUGGCCGUCGUCCAAUCCGAAAUGUACCUAUCUUUCUUUAGCAAAGGCUAUUGCCUAGUAAUCAAGAAUAUUCCCUUCAGUACGACGUCACAAGUCCAGGAAGAUGUCACGUCGCGCAGGUGGAGGUGAGUCCAAUCCAUUUUUUUUUUGCUUAAUCCUUUUUGUUUUUGUUUGCCUUUUUAUGUAUUUAAUGAGUAUUUUAUAUAUUUAUUAUAAUUUAAUUACUAGUUUUAUUGUAUAUAUGAUGUUUGAAGUACAAUUACGUGUUAAAUUAAUUUGACCUUUGUAACGCCCACUCGGACUUAGUUUAUAGUAUAGGUCGCCAUGUUUCUGGCGUCUUAACGGACUCUAUGCUAUACUUACAUUAUUGUUGAGUAGUGAUUUUAAGCAUACAAGAAGUUGUUUGACCCGUAUGUUUUUAUGUAUGUAUGUUUGUUUGUUACUUUUGUUUGGCUUUUGGCUCGCGUUUGGCUAAAUCAAUUUUAAAGCGGUUUUCAGAGAGGUAUGCGUUACAUUUAGGAGAAGGGUUCAGUACUAGAACCGACUAAAAAAAGGGGCUCUCUUUGACCCCUAUGUUUUUAUGUAUGUUUGUUUUGUUCUUGAUUUUCUUGCGUUUGGCUGAAUCGAUUUUCAAAGACGUAUUUGAUACACUAAGAAGGUUUUAGUACUUAAACCGACUUCUAAAAAGGAGAGGUACUCUGUUUGAACCGUGUGUAUCAAAGUGGCUACUUGAAGUUGGUUCCUUGAAACACAUAGAUGAAUAUUUUCUAAUUAUAUAGUUACGCGCACAAAGACAUUAUUUUGUAUUGAGAAAUUAAUAAGUUAUAUAAUGUUACAAAAGAUUUAUCACAAUUGUUGUUAAAAUACGUA